AUGUCCACCCUGCGCACGCUCUCCGCCGCGCCCACCGCCGCCGACGCCGCCCGGCAGCCGAAAUACAUGGCGUCGCUGCUCUCCGCGGCAGAGGUGCGCAAGCGCGACGCGCUGGUUGCGAAGGAGCGCGCGCUGGCGAAGGAGCGCGCGGCGGAGGGCGAGGAGUAUGCGGACAAGGAGACGGCGGAGAAGGAGGGGAAGGAGAAGGAGAAGGAGAAGGAGAAGGGGGAGGCGGAGCUGGCAAGGGAGAGGGGACUGGAGGUGAAUGAGGAGGGUGUGGUGGUGGACAAGACGCAGCUGCUCGAGGGGGGGCUGAACGUCAGCGCGAAGCCGCGCGGGGUGGCGGCGGGGGUGAAGCUGCCGCGCGGGGGUGAGAGGAAGCAGGGGUGGCAGGGCGUGGGCGGGAAGAGGGAGGACGCGAGGGCGCGGCAGAGCAGGAUGGUGGAGGAGCAGCUGGCGGCCGCGCACAAGAGGGCGCUGGAGGCGGAGGAGGAGGAGAGGAGGGGGCUGGAGAGGGCGGCGAAGAGUCGUAAGACGGAGGGGGAGGUCAUGGGGGCGAGGGAGAGGUAUCUGCAGAGGAAGAGGGAGGCGGAGGAGAAGAAGAAGGCGGGGGCGCGUAGAGGGGGGUGUAGACGGGUUGAUAGGCUGCAAAACCCCGACACAAAAUGA